AUCUUUUAAGUUUUAGAUAUUUUUACUUUGCCUUUUUUUUAGUAGAAAUUUACUAGCAAAUGGAAAACGUAGAAAGUAGACCCAAGGUUGAUUGUCUAACCAAAGGCCCUGGACCAGUUUAUAAAUUACCAACAUUAGUUGGAUAUGUUGGACACGAUCCAUCUAAGCGUAGAGGUCCAGCAUACAGUAUAAGAUAUCGUGUAGGAUUAGAUCAAGAAUCGGUUGGUCCUGGUCCACGCUAUAACAUCAAUAAAUUAACAAAAUUUGGAAUAGAUAAACCACCUGCAUUCACUAUAGCUACUAAAUAUACUGAUCCAAUUUUAGAUUUAGGGCCAGGACCUGGCGCAUAUUCACCUGAACAAUGUCUACCAAUGAAUCAUAGUCGUAGAGCUCCUGCUUAUAGCAUCAAAUCUAAAGGUCUAGCAAUGCAAAUUCUUGAAGGGCCUGGACCAAAUGCUUACACAAUACCAACAUGUAUAGGUUCUAAAAUACCAGAUAAGAAAGCACAAGCUGCUUAUACUAUCGGUGGCUAUUACGAACCACCAUUAGACAGUUUAAGUCCAGGUCCAGCGGCUUAUGCGAAUAUUAAUCCAAAUAUUGUAAUGAAACGCAGUCCAGUAUACAGUCUUAAAUGGCGUCAUGAACUUCCUGAAGAUUAUCUGAGUCCAGGACCACGUUAUAAUCCUACUUUUAAUACUGGAAGACGUGCUCCUAAAUUUUCGUUUGGUGUUAGACACAGUGAAUGUGCAGGAAAUCCUAUUUCGAGUUUAGACGAAGAUUAUUUGAAAUUUAUAACAAUGCCUCCCAAGGCGGCUAAAGCCGCGGGUAAAACUGGUAAUAUGAAAAAGCCUGCUAAAAUAACAGAUGCAUCAUUUUGCGGUUUAUCCACUCCAGGACCAAAAUACAAAUUGAAAACGCUCAUUGGUCAUAAAGACCAUUGUAUCUCGAAAUAUAGAAAUCCAGCAUUUACAUUUGGUAUGAGAGAAAUAUCUGGAGAUUUGUGUACAAGUCCUGGACCAAAGUAUAUGCUGCAAGGAUUGAAACCAAAUGGUUAUACAUUUGGACUUGCUUUAAAAAUGACUGAUAAAACUAUUGGUCCUGGUCCGAAAUAUUCUGUACCAUCUCCUAGAAGCGGUCCUAUGUUUUCUCUAAAGUGGCGUAAAGCUCACAAAAAGGGUUGCGUAACACCUGGGCCUUAUAACGUCAAACGCAUCUUUUAUGGACCAAGUUUUAGCAUAGGAUUAAAAAUUCCUGAUCUUAAAUGUGUCGGUGGACCUGGACCUUCUGCGCCAUAUAAUUUGGAUAUGAUUAAACCAUCAUCACCAAUGUUCAGUAUAGGUUUUUUACUUUCUGACAAAGACGUUUGUCGGAGUCCAGGACCUAAAUAUAAUCCUAAAAAAUUAGAUCUCUCACCGCAAUAUUCUUUUGGAAUAAAACAUAGUGUCUGUGCACCACCGAACAUCACUGAAUGUGACGAUAUUUGUUAG